AUGUCUUGGAAUGAGGGUGAAGUUGUUUCUGAGACUGAAAACAUUCAUCCCUCUGUAGAAGUGGAAAGUUCUGUUAAUAUUUGUAAAGAGCCCGGUGGUACUAUAAUUGAGCAUGACCAUGGAAAAGCCAAAAUAUGUGCAAACUGUGACGACCUUGCCAGGAAAGCUACAAGGUUGCAAAAAAAGUCAGUUGGCUGAGAAAAUCAAAGCAGAAGUUGCAUGAAAGGCUACUAAAUUAGGUAAUCGAUAGUUGUGUUUUACUGAUUAUAUAUGUAGAGGCCAUCAAUUAUUUUAGACUCAAAGUCCAAUGUGCUCAGUAUUGGGUUGCUCUAGAAUAUGUAUUUGUAUUAUAUACUGUAUUAUUGUGCCAAUUAUACCUACUUAUUUACUUUUAUGUAGGAAAGUGAUACCUUGUCUGAUGCUGAAAGUCAGAAUUGUAGUAAAGCAAGCAUUGACCCACAUGUUGAACUUUAAUAUGGCAGACAUCCAAGAUUUUGUUGGUAAUGAUGAAGGUGGUGAUGAUAUGGACUGGCAACUUGAAGAAAAAAUGUCUCAACCAGAAGAAGAAAAUGGAAUGGCAUGA